CAGGAAGUGUGAAAAAUACUAACUGACUCCCAGCUUCCUCCUGCUACUCAGAAAAAGACAAAAACAGAAGUGGUAACACAAAAAGCUGCAUUUCCGUGAAGAAAGUAUGAGAGAAACCUACACCUAAAUCAUCAUGUCGACGGGUCAUGGGAAAUCUCAUUAAGGUUCUGGGCAAAGACUUAGAAAAUUGUCCACACUUUUUCUUGGAUUUUGAAAAUGCUCAGCCUACGGAGGCAGAGACUGUAGUGUGGAAUCAAGUCAACUCUGUCCUGGAAGAGGCCCAGGGUAUCUUGGCUGAACUUCAAUCAUACCGGGGAGCUGGGCAGGAAAUACGACAGGCCAUCCAGAACCCAUCAGAUGUCCAUCUACAGGAGGAAGCAUGGAGAGCCGUCUGUCCUCUUGUAGCUAAACUAAAGCGCUUCUAUGAAUUUUCUCUACGACUUGAAAAUGCACUGCACAGCCUCCUGGAAGCUCUUACAUCACCCCCAUAUGCUCCGACACAGCACCUGGAAAGAGAGCAGGCCCUGGCCAAACAGUUUGCUGAAAUCCUGCACUUCACCCUCAGCUUCGAUGAGCUCAAGAUGACAAAUCCUGCAAUACAAAAUGACUUUAGCUACUAUAGAAGGACUGUGAGUCGCAACCGGCUGAACAAUUUCCAGGUGGAUGCUGACUGUGAUGUUAACAAUGAAAUGGCCAAUCGCAUGUCCCUGUUUUACGCGGAUGCCACUCCUAUGCUGAAAACUCUGAGCAAUGCGACCACUAAGUUUGUCUCUGAGAACAAGUCCUUGCCAAUUGAGGACACAACAGACUGCCUGAGCACAAUGGCCUGUGUGUGCAGAGUCAUGCUGGAAACGCCAGGAUACCGCAGCCGCUUUACCAGUACAGAAACACUUCUGUUCUGUAUGCGCGUGAUGGUUGGUGUUAUCAUUCUAUAUGAUCAUGUGCAUCCCGUUGGAGCAUUUGCAAAAACCUCCAAAAUUGAUAUGAAAGGCUGCAUCAAGGUGCUAAAAGAUCAGCCGUCAACAAGCACAGAAGGUCUACUAAAUGCUCUGCGAUAUACAACCCGUCACCUCCACGAUGACACCACAUCUAAACAGAUCAGAGCUCUUCUCCAAUGAGCCAUUGCAUGUCUACCCCAUGCACCAACACUGUGUGAGAGAGAAGAUGGGUUCUGAUCAAGUGGAUGCCUUGACCCUGCAUCUAAUCUUAAUUCUGCUGGAACAGGUUGACAUACCAUGUAGUGAGGCUGUGAACAUCAAUGAUCCUUGUGCGGGGCCUGUACCAGCGCUUCACUGUGGUCUGUGUUCAUGACUUUACUGCAGAGUACUAGAGUCAUCCAUGUCCCUACUGGUCUAAUGUCAAUCACUGUUCUGUAAAGACAUCUGCAAAUAUUUCUGUACAAUAGCUUUACAGUGUACAAUCCCCAUGCAUUGCUGUGUAUGUGAAAGGGCUAUAUAUAGAUUUUAUAGGUCAGUAACUGUCAGUGUUCUAUAAGAAGGAACCCCAACUUUAUCAUUGUACUACUCUGCAGAUACUGUACCCUAUAGUCCUCCAUACAGCACAGAGUUAUGUGGUUAUUCCGUGUUGCCCUUUAGAGUCCUGUGUAUUGAUACAGCUUUGAGUGUCAAGACAACGUUCUGGAACAGAUCCGUCAACAGCAUCAUAGCGUUGCUGACAGGUACGGUAACAAUGAGCAGACACAGAUAUAAGAUGUGCAAGUGCUGGGCACACUUUAUUAUAAAUAGCGCUGUAUAUAUACCUACAAGCACACUGUGUCCAGAGCUUUUCAUGCUAUACGCAAUAUGCCGGUGACAGGGCCAUGUCUAUCUAUAAACCUGGAUCAGAGUUUCAACCAAAAACACAAAAAUAUGCACAAAUGUCCGUCAUCAGGUAGAAUAGUGGAUUAUGUCAUCCCGCAGCCUGAUAUACAUAUAUAUGUGCGUGUGUGUGUGUAGACACUGUAUAUAUCAAAGUAAUGUAAUUUAGUGUUACACGUGCGAACAAGUACAAUGAAUACAUGCACAUGGACACUCUACAAGGACUCCAGACAGACUCUGUGUAUCAUGAGACAUUCGAGCUUCUUGUCUCUCCAGUGAUGACUCUUAAAAUCCGAUUCAAUAAAAUCUCCUGUUCUGA